AAUGCCUUGAGAAAGAACCAAGAGACCUAAUAAUAGUCAAGCUAGAGGUGUUACGACCCGUUGAUCUACAAAAUCACGAAGAUGAUGUUUACAAAGACUAUGAUUACAAAGAUCACAUAGACGUUGAUCAAGAUAAAGAUAUUCAGGAAUCUUUCGAUGAAACUUAUUCUUUAAGUUUUCCUGUUACAACUUAUAGUAGAAAUCGAAGUGUUGAUAGUAAUCAAGAUCGAAGUUCUUUUAUUACGACUUAUAAAGAAUCUUCUUCCAAACAUCAUAAUAAAAGAUCUCAUAUCGAUGAUCUUGAAAAAACUGAUAAUUUAAAUGAUUUUAUAGAUGAUUGCUCUAAUAUCCAUCAAGAUUCUAGUAAUUCUGUAAAGCAAAAAUCUAUUUUACGCUACAAACCUUCAGAACAAAAAGA